GACUAAGUGCUGGGUCUGUAAGAUAAAGGCAAAAGCAGGUACUGGCGUUAAGGGCGUGACGAAGGGACCUGGAAGGAGCUGGAGAUCCCGGAUGAAGAAUACGACUGACGCUUAGACCCGGGCUGGAAGACGGGGAAGGGGGAGGCGGGUUGGGGGUUGGGCAAGCAUGAGGUGGAGCUAGGGGCUGGAUUGGACCGUACAGCUGGGCCGAGGGUUCCACUAAGCUGAGGUUCAACGUUGAUCUCCGCGAGGUAGAGUCCUGUGGAAGAACUGGGCUGACAGCGAUGUGGGUCAGGACGACACUAACGAUUAAAAGAUGGACUGAGGAAAAGCCUGGCUGCAAAACUGACAUUUGGGAAGAGACCAAGAGCACCGAUACAAGCAGGUUGCCCAACUGGAAGAGGGGACAUCUGGCUAGUGUGGAGUCCAGCAGUGAUGUAUCUUCCUUCUCUGAAGGUGAAUGCAAGGAGACUGACAGGUGUUGCUGGAAACACCAGCAGUGUGCUGGGCAUAUCAUCCACCCCUUCUCGGACUGUGGCCAUCACAACCGGCACAUGCACGCUGUCCACUGCAACUGUGAAUCUAGGCUGAAGGACUGCUCAGAGAAGACAAAUAAUAGCAGCUCCCGAGAUGUAGGCCCGACCUGCUCCAGAGAUGGGGGCGCUACCUGCUACAACAUCAUCCAUGCCCCUUGCUUUGAACUCAUCCCAGAGGAAGAGUGUGUGGAGCAGAUGUGGUACAGCUGGAGCAAAAGCUACAGGCCCGUCUCUGUGGCAGUAUUCCACCAUCCCAUCCAUCAUGUGUGUAGGACAGGUGUCCUAAAUGAGGAGGAUGAGGGAGAGACCCCAUCUUCCAUCCCAACUAAGUGUCCCAACGCCGUAGCUACUGACCCAGACAUCAGGCCAGGCCCCGGGGCUCCUGACUCAGCAGCGCCCAUCACCAUCUGGCGUUCUGAGAGCCCCACAGACAAGAGUCAGGAGGGCAAGGUCAUCAAGAAGAUAAAGAAGAAAAAGGAGAAAGAGAAAGACAAGGAGGAUGAGAUAGUGGAUGAAAAGGCAAAGUUGAAGAAGAAAGUCAAAAAGGGCAAGUUAACUAAGAAGAAAAGCCCGGUGAAAUCAGAGUCUUCCCCUCCAGACAUGAGCAGAUCACUAAGCCCAAGAGAACUAGUUAGGACAUCAGAGUCCAGCCCAGAAAGCCGGGAAGAGCUGGAGAGUGAGGACAGUUAUGAUCGGGGUAAAGAGGGGCCCUCCAGUGAAGAUAUUGUGGACUCAUCAUCUCCCAGGAAGAGAGAGAAAAGCACCCCCCAGGCCAAAAAGAAUGGUACAAAGACCUUACAGACCAGGAAGAUGAGCAAGAGAAAAUCUCCCCCAGUGUCCAACCCCAAUCUCAGUUGAGGCCUGGGCAACCAGAGUGAAUAAAUCAAGCCUGUAACU